AUGUGUGCCGAUAACUCAGAAACACUAAUAUGCGGCCAGCAAGUCAGCAGCUACGCGCAAGGGGGAAGUUAUGGACCCCAGGCAGGUGUACGGCAAUGUGCAAAGACCAAGGCAAUCCUUCUAUGGGCAGUGUCCAAUGGUCAUCGCCCAGAUAAUCCCCAGAGCUGGCAGAAUAUACUCGAGUGGUGCAAUUACAACCAUGGGGCUGAGUUUCUUAACAUUGUCGGGAAGCGACUAGAGAAGACAGUCUGGUACUUUACAAAACUGGCUUCGGGACACCAGUUGAACCAAGAUUCAUUUGGCAACUCUACAGAUGGUAUCGCAGAGGCAGAGGCGUGGCUUGCAAGGCAAAAGAGUCUCAAUGAUGUCGAGAUGAAAGACGCAGACUCUGUGGUCAAGACAGAUAACAAGUCACAAGUCUCAACUUCGACCCGCAGACGCACCAAAGUUCAUCGACGCCAUCGACCUCCACGCUCUAGCGACGCAGCUUCCUCUAGUGUCGGGUCAUCUACAUCCGAAACACGACAAGGCAGUGAUAAAAGGAAGGCGUUGGAGCGAAGUUGGGAGAUCCUGUGGGAUCAAGCCAAACGGGAUGCCGGGCAAGGACAAGAUUACAAGUUCCGUCGCCUGAUGGUAAUGGAAGAAGCAAUACAAUCCAUGAAGAUCGAGAUUGACAGGCUACAGUGGGAGAAUGCCUUUGGGCUAUGA